CACAGACCAACAAUCCACCAUCCAUCACACCUCAAGAACAAAGCAACCAACCAACCAACAGCACAGCAAGAACUACACAACAAUCCACUCACACCGAUCUUCUAUCCAACCAUGGCAUCGCAGCCCCAGCAAUCGCAGUCGGUUGGGUUCGAGGACUACCUGCCGGUGAUGGCGGAGCGGCUGGGCGAGGAGGGCCUGAUGCAGGAGCUGGCCUCCGGGUUCCGGCUGCUGCAGGACCCCGCCCUGGGCCUCAUCACCUUCGCCAGCCUCCGCCGCAACGCGCCGCUGCUCGGGCUGGGCGGCAUGUCCGACGAUGACCUCCGCGGGAUGCUCGCCGAGGGCGACUUCGACGGCGACGGCGCCCUGAGCGAGAUGGAGUUCUGCGUCCUCAUGGUCAGGCUCAGCCCCGAGCUCAUGGACGAGCCACGCAGGUGGCUCGACGACGCCGUCGCGCAGGCGUCGCAGUUCCUCUUCACCAGCUAGAGAUUUCUCUUUUUUUAGUACUACGAUUCUUCUGUCCGUUGUUCAUAGUCAGGAUUUAUUGAAGAAGGCAGGCAGGCACUGUCGAUUGGAUCACGGUUUUCCACUUGUACUCUCCCCGGUCGUUCCCCGCGGGAAAUAUCUCUAUGAUUUAAUCGACAUAAGCUUGUGCGGUUUCACUA